CGGACGUACGCACGCACACCCACGCACGCACACACUGACAGAAGAUGGCGAUGCGAGUGGCUCUGCGGUGCCUCUCUGCAAACUUUCCUCGCAGACCUCCUCAGCUCCGCUCGGCCGCGCGGACUCUGUUGCCGUGGAGCGGCGACUGCACGAGGGCGCACGGCACGACCUCGGUGCUGUCCGCAGCCUUAAAGUUCACAGAAAAGCACGAGUGGGUGCGAGUGGAGAGUGGAACCGUCACCGUUGGUAUUAGCAAUUAUGCUCAGGAGGCAUUAGGUGACGUGGUGUACUGUGGACUCCCUGAAGUUGGCCAAAGACUUGAACAGUUGGAGGAGUUUGGGGCCUUGGAAAGCGUAAAGGCGGCCAGUGAGCUGUACUCACCCCUGGCAGGCGAAGUGACUGAAAUCAACACAGCGCUGGCAGACAAUCCUGGACUUGUGAAUAAAGCCUGUUAUGAGGAGGGGUGGCUUAUCAAGAUGACGAUGGAACAGCCUGCAGAACUCGACGGCCUCAUGGAUCAAGCUGCAUAUGAUACAUUUAUUAAGUCACUUGAAGAAUAAAUGGACAAACUCCACUCUGCUGUUUUUAUAAUGUAACUGCAAUCAAAGAUUAGUAGGCAGGAUUACUAACAUCUUGUGCGAAAAUUAUUUAUUUUGGUACUGAAAUUUGUGUUAUCAAAAUAAUGAAAAAGAAAUUCUCAGUAACCUCCUAAGGUUAGGAUCUGUUUGGCCACCAGCCCAACAAAAGGGCUCUUAAUCUCCAGAUCUGUGGCUACGCUUGUUUCUAAUGUAUCGGUACAUGUGCACAAACGUGGAAAAAAGUGAUUGUAAGAGCUUUGUCACAUUCAUUUAAUAAAGUUUGGUCCUCUCUCC